GGCGGAGCGGCGGGGCCGGCGGCGCCGGCGGCGGGGCCGGGCGGGCCAUGAAGCUGCUGCGGGCGGCCCUGGGUCUGGUGCUGCUGCUGCCGCUCCUCAGGCCAGCGAACGCCGUGGAGCCCAUCAGCCUGGGGCUAGCGAUCGCCGGCGCCGCCGCCUCGGCCCUUACCGGCUUCAUCUCCUACCCGCGGCUCUACUGCUACUUCAGGGAGUGCUGCCUCCAGCGGCAGGACCAGCGCGCCGCCGCCGCUCUGCAGGAGAAUUUGGACAAGAAGCUGUUCGGGCAGCACCUGGUGAACAAGGUGGUGGUAAAGGCCGUGAAGGGCUUCUUGAACAACACCAACGCCAAAAAGCCUCUUGCCCUCUCCUUGCACGGGUGGACUGGAACAGGCAAAAACUUUGUCGGUAGGAUAGUCGCCGAAAGCAUUUAUAAAAGAGGUCUGCGGAGUAAAUAUGUCCAUCAGUUUGUGGCAACUUUACACUUUCCUCACGCUCACAGCAUCAAUAUCUACAAGGACCAGUUGCAGUCGUGGAUUCGGGGAAAUGUGAGCAUCUGUCCCAGAUCACUCUUCAUAUUUGAUGAAAUGGAUAAAAUGCAUGCAGGACUCAUUGAUUCCAUCAAGCCAUUCCUGGACUACUAUGAGCUUCUGGAUGGGGUGUCUUACCGCCAAGCCAUCUUCAUAUUCCUCAGCAAUGCAGGAGCUGAAAAGAUAACAGAGGUGGCCCUGGAUUUCUGGAGAAACGGGAGGACAAGGGAAGAUAUACAGCUCACAGAUAUCCAAAAUGCACUGUCUGUGUCUGUCUUCAAUAACAAAAAUAGUGGAUUUUGGCACAGCACCUUGAUUGACAGAAAUCUCAUUGACUACUUUGUUCCCUUCCUGCCUCUGGAAUACAAACAUGUGAAAAUGUGUGUCAGGGUUGAGAUUGAAUCACGUGGCUAUGCUGUGGAUGAAGACAUUUUAACCAGAAUAGCCAAUGAGAUGACCUACUUCCCCAGAGAGGAGAGAAUUUACUCAGAUAAAGGAUGUAAAACUGUGGAUGCAAAGCUGGAUUAUUACUUCUAACACUUUAUUGCUACAUCCUGCAAAGAAGCAAAUUUAACUUAAUCACAAAGCAGAGAACCUGUGACAUUUCAUUUUUACGCACUUCUUGAAGAAGGGAACAUUAUUUUUUAACUGGUGUGUAAAUAAGCCGCAGUGCCUCUGCAUUUUUAUUCUGUCACUAGUCAUGGCUCCCAAGUACUUCAGCCUUGUGUUGUCAAGGUAAGAACAAACUGCGUUGUGAAUACAGGGGUCUGUGUCUGACAGUGCCAAAGACUCCUCUCAGAUCGUGUGUUGAUUGUCAGAACUAUUUGGCAGACUGUUGGCACAUAUAGAAGGACUGAGACUAUGACCUAAUUUUAAUUGGAUUUUGGUUUGAUGUGGAUGAUCUCUAGACAAUAUUGAGAAUUUUAAUCAAAGUUCCUAUGUCUGUGAAAGCCUUCAUUGGGCUUGUGUGGGAAUAUUCCUAUAACUGCAUUAGAAGUAGGAUAUGUGUCUUUUCUCCUUGAACAGCUUGGCUCCAGUAAAGAUAAGGGGGGAUUCUGUAAUUUAAAAAAAUCCAGAGUCUUCUGUCUAACAUCAUGCAGUACCAUUGUCUUUGUCAAAACAGUGGUAUUAGUUUGGUCUCCUGCAUGUCAAACCAAGAAUAUGAAACUUUGGUGUGAAUAGUGUUCAGAGGGCAGACUUAAUAUUACAAGGAAGUGAGUUAAAAUCCUUGACUGCCAGAUCAUUGUAGUUGGUUUCUAUUUUUGGUGGGUUUUUUAAGUAUAAAGUUGGCCACAGCAUGCUGUCCCAGGAGUGACCUCAAGAGGAAGAAAAGUGUGCUUUCUGACUGGUGAGUCAGCUUCAUGGAAAGGGUGUAACUUAAUGGGAAACGUACAGGUUAGAUUUUAUACCAAGGACAUGGAAAAGAGGUUUUUCCUCUUCACCUGCAUGUAGAAUUCAGGGGCCAGCGUGCAGGGGUUUCCCUUUUUCAUCUUCUCGCAAUACUGUAUGCCUUUGAGGCAGGGAUGAAGACAGAUCCAAAGGCAUUUUAAGAAAAAAAAAAAGUGAAAUGUGUCAACUGAAGUUACUGCGAAGUGUCAGAAUUGUUUCUGAAUGUGAGCACUGCAGAGGCUUUUUUUUCACUCCAGUUUCUAUUCAAAAUAAACUUUUCUUAUUGGAAAUGUAUUUCUUAGCUACCUUCUGGUGUACUUUGCAUUGAGUGAUGUUAAUUUUGCACAAACUUACUAUUCAUACUGCGUUUCUGGCUGAAGUGUUAAGCUGUGCUUGACUACAGGUAUCUCCCUUCUCGAGUUCAAAGGCAAUAGGAGGACAUGUGACUCUGCUACCUCGUGAAAGGGAAACAAAUGAAGUUUGGAGUGGAAACUGCACUUCUAGACCUUCGGUACUAAUUACACUUGCACCAUUUUUGUAGAGGCAGACUUUCUAGAUGUAUGUGUGCUCAACAGUAUCAUAAGGAUGAACUUGUCUGCUAGAGACUAGUUAAAACCCUGCUUCUUGUCUCCUCCUCCCACUGUGGUACUACUGACUGAACACCCUGCAGGCUCUGAUUGAAGCCACUCACAUUUUCAGUGGCAUCUUGGAUGUUUUCUCUGCAAGAGGAAAAAAGGGGCCAGUAAGACUCCAGCUGUCCAGUUCUACUCUGAAGUUGUGUAAUAUGCAAAUUAUUAGUUCUAGUAUUUGUCAGCAAAUGAGUGCUUUGAACUUGGGUAUUUAUCUGUUUCUUUGACCUCCUGAUUAUAGCAAAUGACUAGCUAAUGGAAAAAAGCAGACGUGAAAACGAUAAACUUUUACUGCCAUCUGGUACCUUCUCAUCAAAAGAAACAGUUCAGUCAAGCAGUAUUGUGGCUCUUCCAGCAUUAAAUACUUUUAGUUCU